CACACACACACACACACACACAUCGUGCUGCGGCUUCUGCGAGCAGCUCUGGAGACGAGGCUGAACUGAAAACAUUCAUCUGCUGAGAGACACGAAAUACAGGCUCUUUGUUUAUAUCUCCAGUUCCAGGCGUAUACUGGCAAGUGUUGAGAGCAACAACCACAGCAGUAACCUCCGUGGCACUGACAGCACCAAAGGCAGCAUUUGAGAAACCUCCUGUAGUGUCAAAAGCGCCAGUAGCAAUCGUCUGACACACGCAGAGAGGACCGACACCCCCAGCCUUUCUAGCAUCAUCAUCCACAGACAGCGGCUCUGAGAUGGGCUGCUCCUCAGGUCGCCAGCCCCCAGCCCCAGCCUUUCACCCGGACCUCGACUAUGGCAACAACAGUGAGACCAACACCUUACCUCAGGACUCUGAGAACCAGAACCAGGGUUUGAAUGGCCUUGGAGAAGGAACAGAAAGGGAAGGAAGUGUUGGAAGAGACCCAGUCAAACCUCCAGAGUCUCUCCCCACUCUGGAGAGACUUGCCCAGGCUACAGGUGGGACAGAGAAGUCCUGGUACCGCUGUGUGUUCCCUUUCGGCGUGAUAUCACUAGUGAUUGGCAUGGCAGGUACCGGGGUGACGUUCACCUUUAACACACUGCUCCAGACCAAAGUGGUGUCUGUGGCGUUGCUCUGUGUUGGCAUAGUGAUGCUGCUCGUGGCAGCUGUUUGCUGGAGGGCCCACAGACUGAGGAAGAGGCAAAAGAAAGAAGGUGGAUUCUUCACUGCUGAUCAGGGCACUUUGUGAUGGAGUGUGGACUUCCAGUCAGUUUGUCCAGGCAGAGCACAGCCAUGCUCCUGUAUAAUAGGACAGGGUGAAAACUGCAGAAGAGUUUGAUGUUGGUUGAAGUAUUGAAAGUAUUUGUGCCAGGGAAACUUUGUGACAGUGUUGACUCAGACAGUAGGACAGUAUUCAGAAAAUGUCACUUUAGCAAAGGCAUAUCACCACCCUGGGCAGAUACACACAGUAAAGUAUGAGUCACACUAAAAUCCGCCCCACCCCACCUCUUCUUUUCUUUCCUGUUAUGGAUUUACCUGGGGAUCCAGCGGAGCACAGAGCCUAGAACACGUUAUAGAUUUUUUUUCCUCUAGGCUAGCCUUUUUGAAUCAAGGAAAUGUAUGAGUGAUAGGCACCUUAGGAAGAGUUCUUUAACCUCCUCGCCCUCAAUCUGCAUCCUGACAGCACAGUCUUCAUAAAAAGGUGUGCCCGUGUGGGAAAGGAGCUGUUAUCAGUGGACAGACUUGCCUGCCAGGAACAUCUGGAACAUCAUCUUAUGUUAGAACUGACCAGAGAAAGAGUCUUAAAGAAUGUGCCAGGCAUGUGUGUUUGUGCUUGUGCAUGCUAGUGUAAGAAAGGAGAGACAACGUGGGAACUGUAAGUGAAGCUUGUAUCCACAGAUUUGCCUUUAUAAAGCCUGGCCCAGCUUGCAGAAAUAAAUAAUACAUGAUUUCCCCCUCACUACAAAACCACUGUUGAGGUGCCCUUUUGCUGUUUGCCAGUUAGUCUCCAGCUGUUCCAAUGCAGCUCCUCUUUAGGCAAAAGUACUGGGCAGCAGUGAGAGGCUAGAUUUGAAAAGAAAGCGGGGAAUCAGGCAAAAUUAUGCAAAAAGAACCAGCUAGCAUGCUUCUCCAUGGUGGCAGAUUUUAUAAACAUGCAGCCUCUCUUUUGUGUUUGUGUCCACAGUCCAAUUUAGUGUUAUUAGACACAAAAGUCAACACUUUUCCCCCCCUGACACCAAGCUGUGGUCAAUAACUGUGAUCCAGCUGAUCAGUAGCAACUGUGAUCAGUAGACAUCACCACUCUGUGAAGUAUUAAGCUUUUGAGGUAAUGGGCUGCAGACAAAUCCCCCCACCCCAACACUUUUGGACUUGCCAUAGAUGACUUGUGUAUUGUAUGAUAAGGAUCUCCCAUUACAGAAAUGUCUCUGUGAACACAGAACAACAAAGACAAAGUGCAUUAUGACCUCAUCCUUGCCUACCUGAUGCUGCUGAUCCUGGCCUCC